CUGGUAAACUAAUCGUCUCACAUUGUCAUUGCAAAUAGAGAUCUAUUAAUGGGUCUCAUCUCCCAACUGAUUCCAGCACUGUUCUGCUUAUUAGCAUGUACCAGCAACUUCAUCCACGGACACAAAUGCAAUAACAACACCUUGCGAGAGAUCAUCAAAACGCUGAACAACCUCACAGAGGGAAAGGACAAGACUGCGUGCAUGGAGCUGAUUGUAGCAGACACCUUUGCUGGCCCAAAGAACACAACUGAAAAGGAAAUCUUCUGCACAGCUGCGACUGCGCUUCGGCAGCUCUAUAAAAGACAUGACAAGUCCCUGAUCCAAGGAUGCCUGCAUGGACUUGACAGGAACCUCAGGGGCAUGGCAACCACGACCAACUGUACUGUGAAUGAAGCCAAGAAGAGUACAUUGAAAGACUUUUUGGGAAGGCUAAAGACGAUCAUGCAAGAGAAAUACUCAAAGUGUCGAAGCUGA